AUGGCGGCUGCAAAGCAGUUCAUCAUCCUUUUUGUGUUGGUGACCGCCGCCCUCGAAGCAGCAGGUGGGGACAAUGGUGGUUGCCCGCCAGGUUACCAAGCAUCCACGGCGAAUGGUGAAAUCACUUGUACCGAGACGGAAACCAAGACUUCGUGCCCACCUGGUUACAAGGCGGUAACUGAGAAUGGUCAAACCACAUGCGAGGAAGUCGUAACGACGUCGUCGUGCCCAAAGGGUUCCACAGCAACCACUAUAAAUGGAGAAACGACUUGCGUUAGUACAGUCACCGAGGAAACGACUACAAGCUAUUGCCCUCCGGGAUCCACAGAGGUCAAGAAAAAUGGCAAAAGUUUUUGCGAGAGUACCUCGGAGGAGACCUCGACUGAGAUAACGACCGAAAGUUCUUGUCCUCCAGGAUCCACAGAGGUCAAGAAAAAUGGCAAAAGUAUUUGCGAGAGUACUUCGGAGGAGACCACGACUGAGACAAUUACGAGUUCGUGCCCACCAGGAUCCACAGAGGUCAAGAAAAAUGGCAAAAGUUUUUGCGAAAGUACCUCGGAGGAGACAUCGACUGAGAUAACGACCGAAAGUUCUUGUCCUCCGGGAUCCACAGAGAUCAAGAAAAAUGGCAAAAGUUUUUGCAAGAGUACCUCGGAGGAGACCUCGACUGAGAUAACGACCGAAAGUUCUUGUCCACCAGGAUCCACAGAGGUCAAGAAAAAUGGCAAAAGUUUUUGCGAGAGUACCUCGGAGGAGACCACGACUGAGACAAUUACGAGUUCGUGCCCACCUGGUUACAAGGCGGUAAAUGAGAAUGGUCAAACCACAUGCGAGGAAGUCGUAACGACGUCGUCGUGCCCAAAGGGUUCCACAGCAACCACUAUAAAUGGAGAAACGACUUGCGUUAGUACAGUCACCGAGGAAACGACUACAAGCUAUUGCCCUCCGGGAUCCACAGAGGUCAAGAAAAAUGGCAAAAGUUUUUGCGAGAGUACCUCGGAGGAGACCUCGACUGAGAUAACGACCGAAAGUUCUUGUCCUCCAGGAUCCACAGAGGUCAAGAAAAAUGGCAAAAGUAUUUGCGAGAGUACUUCGGAGGAGACCACGACUGAGACAAUUACGAGUUCGUGCCCACCAGGAUCCACAGAGGUCAAGAAAAAUGGCAAAAGUUUUUGCGAGAGUACCUCGGAGGAGACCUCGACUGAGAUAACGACCGAAAGUUCUUGUCCUCCAGGAUCCACAGAGGUCAAGAAAAAUGGCAAAAGUAUUUGCGAGAGUACUUCGGAGGAGACCACGACUGAGACAAUUACGAGUUCGUGCCCACCAGGAUCCACAGAGGUCAAGAAAAAUGGCAAAAGUUUUUGCGAGAGUUCGGAAUUAUCGUCGGAAAGUACUGAGACAACUACAGAAUCGGUUAUUACUGGAAUACCGCAGGACAUACUGUUCUUGUUAGAUGCAUCGAAGGCGACGGGCCGACGAAACUUCAACAUGUUCAAGAGAAUUAUUAUCGACUUUGUAAAGAGGUUUGGUAGUUUUGGUGGUCCAGGAGCCCAUGUUGGCGUGCGGGUCGUCUCGAGAAAGUGUAAAGAAGUCAUCCAUUUAAAUUCGUUCAAUUCAUUGCCAAAAUUCAUUCGAGCGGUAAGGAGAAUCCGGUUCAGGGGUGGUCGAUCCAACUUGGUCAGAGCCCUGAACAGGAUGCGACGCUUUACCUUCCGCCGCCGCCGUGGAGGACGCCCGCACGACAACAAGUCAGUCAUCUUGCUCACCGGAAGUCCAGUCAGAGGUCGCCGCCGGAGAAGGCAACUCAGAAGAGUCGCGAGACGUGUCAAGAAGGCAGGAAUCUCAGUAUUCCCAUACACCAUCGGCAGAGCUAAGUUUGACAACAUCUACUUUAGAUUGUUCAGACAAAAUGUGCACAAGAUCACAACUCGGAACAUCCAUCUGAUCCAUAUUCCCGCUAGACUACAUCUAGCAUUUGCAGGUGGCAUCACCACCGGUGGAUGCCCUCCAAACUACAAACUCACUUACCAAGGUGGUAAGCAGGUCUGUGAAGAGACUGUUACUGAACCUUGCCCGGCGGGUUACAAACACGUCCUAAGUAAUGGCGAGAGCUCUUGCAUCCAGCCCUGCCCUGCAGGAUACGUGAGUAAGAUAGAAAAUGGAGAAGACGUCUGCAUACAGCCCUGUCCUCCUGGAUACGAAAAUUCCAAUGAGAAUGGCAAGGAUAUCUGCGUAGAGCAGUGUCCUAAGGGUUAUAAGGAAUCUAGGAUGAAUGGUGAACUUGUCUGCGUGCGGUCUGUCUAUGAGCCAUGUCCCAAGGGAUAUAAACCACUGACACAAAACGGACAAGAAAUGUGCGUGAAAACUGAAACGGAAGCCUGCCCACUUGGGUUCCAGUUGACGAAAGAGAACGGCGAAGAUGUCUGCACGGAGACCAUCGUAGAGAACUGUCCUCCAGGUUAUAAUCUAGUGAAGCAGAAUGGAAUAGAGCUCUGCGAGAGUAAAGAGAUGAAUAAGUGUCCCGACGGAUUCCAAAUGUUGCAGGACGGUAACCGAUUCAUUUGCUCACAAACUGUGGUCACGGGAUGUCCUCAAGGAUUUAAACCUGUCGUAAAAAAGGGUGAAAAGAUCUGCCUCAGGACCGAGGUUCAAGUUAGUUACUACAACGUUCCGAAUGAUGUAUACUUCCUCAUUGAUGCUUCAAAAAGAACUGGUCGAAAGAAUUUUAAUUUCUUCAAGAGAGUCGUCCCACAUAUACUGAAGCAGUUUGGACCCUUUGGCUUUUACAACACUCAUGCGUCAGUAUGGUUGAUCUCGAAUAAGAAACGAACCAGGAAGGUCAUACGCCUUGGCCAAUAUAAUAGCCUCCGGCGUUUCAUCAAAGCCGUCAGACGACUGCGGUAUAUUGGAAAAGGGCUAAAUAUACCACACGCCUUGAAGAGGAUAGCAAAGAGUCACCCCAAGAACGGCCGUCCUUAUGCCAUCAAGAGCGUAUUCCUACUUACUGGUAGUCCAAUACGUGGUCACAAGACAUUAAAAAAAUUCAGGAAGGCUGUUAGGAAGCUUAGGAAACACCACUUCCAGCUGUACCCCUACACAAUUGGCCGUGCAUUAAAGUCACGAUUCUAUUUGAAGUUCUUUGGCAGGCGAGGGCUCAUACGUAUGAGAAGACGUAACAUUAAAUUGGCAAGGCUCACUAGAUACCUCUUCCUUCAGUUAUUGAAGGACAGGAACCAUGGUCUGAAGAAGAGACCCACGAAGAGAGUGAAGAAGAAGCCUCAAAAGCUGCCAGAAUCACCAAAGGAAUUAGAAAGCCCAGCAGAAAGAAAAGAACAAGAGGAAAAGGUACAAAAAGCAAAAUAUUAUUUGACACUCUCCAUUCACCAAUUGAGAAAGAUUAAGUUCAAUCUCUGGAGGAAAAUUAAAUUUGCAAGAAGUCACAAGAGACCACUUAAAAAACUCUUGUGGCUGUUCAGACUGGUUAAGCUUAGUUUGCUUAAAAAGAAGAAGAUCCAUAUUGCUAAAAUGAGGUUGAAAAUUCUGAAGAAGAAAACAAAGUUAAAAAACAACUUAAUUUUUCAUUUGAAACGUUUGGUAAAGAAAACCGAAAAGAAGAACAUUUCGCUGACAAACAAGAAAAUACUUUUGAAGAGAAUCAAAAAGAAGUUGAAAAUUGCAAAGAAGUCAAAGAAACAUGUUGUUAAAAAUAUAAGGGCAAUCAAGAAAACGAUGAAGAGAAUUAAAAAGGUAAUGACGCUAAAGAAAAAGCUGACGCAAAACCUUAAGCACAUUAAGAAGACAAAACAUCUCACUAAGGUACUCAUUCAUAAGCUGACAAAUGUUGUAAGAAGCAUUAAAAAGUCCACGAAAUUGUCUAUAAGCAGUAAGAAAUUAUUGAUUACGAAUAUUAAAAAGACGAUCAAGCGUUCUCAGAAAAAGAAGAAGCAUUUGAUUUUCAAGCUCAGGAAACUCAAUCAUUUAAAGAAAGUUUAUAUACACCUUAAACUUGCAAAGAGAAAGAAGAAACACAUCAAGAAGCACAUUUACAAACUCUGGCUAAUUUUGAAGAAGACAAAGAAACUAUCCCGACGGAAAAAGAUCCUGAAGAAACUGAAAUUAGCAAAGAAGCAUAAAAAGAAAGCUAACAAAGUCAUUAAAAAUGUCAUUAAAUUAAUUAAACAUACAAUGAGGAAGGUUACCAAGAAACCAACACUUACCCACAACGUAAUCACAACACUGAAACAUGUUGUCACGAAGCAUGUUGUCAAGAAACUAAAACACAUUAUGACAAACAUAGAUCAUGUAGUCAAUGUUAUUCACCACCUGAAACUUGUCAUCAAGAAGAUAAAGAAGAAAACGACUAUUACCAAAUCACAGAAAAAAAUCAGGAGAAAGUUGAUUUUGAGAAAACUAAAAAAACUGACUAAAAAGAAGAAACAUUUAAUCAAAAUCCAGAGGAAGACUAAGCAUGAUAUUAGAAUAAAGGUUGCCAAGAAAACCAAAAAAGUCAGAAGGAUAAAGCUGCAUAUCAAGAAGGUCAUCCACAAGCUGAGAUUGAAAUUGAGGAAGACCAAGAAUAAAUCUGUCUGGAGGAUAAUCCUGAAGAAAAUGAAAAAGGUUAAGAAGAGCAAGAAGAGGCUGAAUAGGGUCAUCGAGAAGUUGGCUCAUGUUAUGAGAAAGUUGAAAAAGUCAUUCAGCAAGAAGUUGAAACUUGUCAUAAAGAAAAAAUCGCACAUUGCUAAAAAGGUUCACAAUUUGAGGAAACAGGUGAGGAACAUCCGUAAGACUAAAAAAUUGACCCACAAGGUGAGGAAGGUACUGAAUAGACUCACAAAAAAGAUUAAAAAGGCAAAAAAUAUAUUGACUGUUGUAACUAUACAUAUGAAGAAAAUCAAACAUAAGAUUAUGAAGACAACUGUCAACAGAAUCAAAGUAAACAAAAAGAAGAGGAAGCAUGUCAAGAAUGUAAUAAGAAAACUGAAGACUUUGAUAGAGAAAAUCAAGAAGUCAACGAAAAUCUCUAUCAGGAGGAAGAAAACAAAACUGAAACAUAUUAAGAAGAAAUUAAGGAUUGUAAAGGAGAAGGUGAAUAAGAUUGAUCACAGAAUAAAGAAGCUGAAACUGGUUGUCAAGAAGGUCAGGAGAGUGACAACUCACAAGAUCAUUAAGAAAAUUAAGCAAACAAUAGAGAAAACGAAUACGGUCAAAAAGGUGAUAAGGAAACUAACACAUCUGCUUAAGAAAAUCAGAAAGACUAAGAAUAUUUCAACUGAGAAGAAGAUACUCUUAACAAGGAAGAUAAAAAGGAAAAUCAAUAUUGCCAAGAAGACUAAAAAACGAGUUGAAAAACACAUCAAGAAUCUGAAACAUGCAAAGAGAGUAAUCAAGAAGAUUAAACUUGCCAUAAAGAAAAAGAAACAUGUGAAGAGGGUCAUUAAGAAUAUUGUUCACAAAUUGACCAAACUCCACAAAACGAAAUUAUCCCAUAAGGAAAAGAAAGUCCUGGGAAAGAAGCUAUUGAACGGUCUAAAAAAGCUCAGGAAGAAUAAAAAAAGAUUGAUAAAUGUAAUCAAAACAACAAGAAAGAGACUCCAUAGGAUUACAAAGAAACACAAGAUCACACACAAUGUCGUUGAGACACUGAAACAUGUUGUUACAACAAAUGUUAUCAUUAAGCUCAAACAAACCAGGAAGACAAUUUCACAUAUUACUAAGACUGUUCACGAGUUGAAACAUGAACUCAAGGAGAUAAAAAAGGCAAGGACUAUUACCAAGAUGAAGAAAAUUGCAAAGAAGCACAUCUCGAAUAAAUUGAACAUAUUAAGGAAGACUAAAAAACAUUUGAUCAAGGUUAUCAAGGAGACAAAACAUGUUGUCACAAAGAGUGUUGUCAGGAAAAUCAAACACACCAGACAGACACUUAAGAAUAUUUCCAAGACUAUUCACAAGCUUAAACAUGACCAUCUAAUCAGGAAGAUAAAGAAGGCAAAGACCAUCAGCCAGAUAAAGAGGAUUGAGACAAAGCACAUCUUGAAAAAAGUAACAAAAUUAGAGAAAAAGAAGAAACAUUUUGUCAAGGUUCUGAGAAAGACUAAGCAUGUUGUCACAAAGAAGCACACCAGGAAGACAAUUAAGAAUAUUUCCAAGACCAUUCACAAACUUAAACAUGUACUCGAAAAGGUAAAGAUUGUAAAGACUGUCACCAAGAUUAAGAAGAUUCUGACAAAGCAUGUCGUGAAGAAAAUGAAGAUAUUAGAGAAGAAGAUGAAACAUGUGAUCAAGGUUCACAGGAAGACGAUACAUGCUAUCAGAAAGAAGGUUAUUAAUAGAAUCAAACAAGUUCGAAAGAUAAAGAAACAUAUCAAAAAGUUCAUUCAUAAGCUCAGAAAGAAACUGAAUAAGACAAAGCACACAUCUAUCAGAAAGAAAAUCCUAAAGAAACUGAGGAAGAUCAAAGAGACCAAAAGAACGAUAACCAAGGUAAUCAAGAAACUUGUUUAUGUUUCUAAGAAGGUGAAGAAAACACAUGUGCUGAGAGAGAAAUUAAAACUAGCAAUAAAGAAAAAGAAACAUGUAGCUAAGAUUGCCCAUAAACUGAGAAAAAUUGUGAAGAAGAUUCUUAAGACAAAGAAAUUGACUCACAAGGUAAAGAAGGUCCUGAAAAAACUCACAAAAAGGAUUAAGGUAACAAUGAAGAAAUUGACUGUUGUAACUAAACGGGUGAAGACCAUCAAGCAUACGAUUAAGAAGAAGACCAUCAAGACAAUCAAAGCAAUCAGAAAGGAAAAGAAGCAUAUCAAGAAUGUUACCAAAAAAUUGAAGACCCUGAGAAAGAAGAUAAAAAAGUCAAAGAAAAUCUCAGUCAGGAGGAAGAAAUUACGAUUAAAGCAUAUCGUGAAGAAACUGAAGAUUGAAAAGGAGAAGACUAAGAAGAUUACAAAAACACUGAAAAAGGUCCAGCACAUUCUCAAGAAGGUUAGAAAGUUCACAAUUCACAAGAUUGGUAAGAAAAUAAGAAAUGCCAAGAAGAAAACAAAGAAGAUUAAAAAAGUCAUUAAGAAACUGAAGCACCUCUUAGAGAAGGUCAAAAAGACUAAGAAGAUUUCAAUUAAGAAGAAGAAAAUACUUACCAAGAACAUUAAAAGGAAAAUCGAAACCAUCAAAAAGAAGAAGAAGCGAGUCAUUAAACACAUUAAGACUCUGAAACAUGCUAAGAAAGUAAUUAAGAAUGUUAAACAUGUUCAAAGAAAGAAGAAACAUGUGAAGAAGGUCAUUAAAAAGCUGAAAGAGUUAUUGAAGAAAAUACACAAGACAAAGAAAAUAUCCCACGUGAAGAAAACAAUACUGAGAAAGAAGAUUCUGAAGCAUAUGAAAAAGCUCAAGAAGAUCAAGAAAGGAGUAAUUAAUGUCAUUCAAACGAUGAAGAAGAGACUGAAAAGGAUUACCAAGAAACCAAAGAUUACACACAAGGCUAUUAAGACACUGAAAAACGUUGUUAGGAACAAACAUAUUAUCAAAAAGCUAAAACACACAAGCAAAGUAAUAAAACAUAUUUCUAUGAGUAUUCACCAUGUGACACAUGUAAUUAUGAAGAUACAUCAUGUAAAGACGAUUACGAAUGUAAAGAAGAUUGCAAGAAAGCAUAUUGCAAAGAAGUUGAAGAUAUUAAAGAAGAAGAAAGAACAUUUGGUCAAGGUUCUCAGCAAGACAAAACAUGUUGCAACAAAGAAGGUAGUCAAGGAGAUCAAACACAUGAGGAAGACAAUUACGCAUACUUUCAAGAAACUUCAUGAGAUAAAACACCUACUCGGGAAGAUAAAGAAAGUAAAGAACAUAAUAGCAAUAAAAAGGAUUGGGACAGAGCACAUCUUGAAGAAAUUAAAGAAACUAAACAAGAAGAAGAAAGAUUUGGUCAAAGUUCUGAGAAAGACAAAACAUGUUGUCACAAAGAAGCACACAAAGAAGUUCAUUAAGAAGAUUUCCAAGACUAUUCACACGCUGAAACAUGUACUCAAAAAGAUAAAGAACGUAAAGACUGUCACCAAGAUUAAGAAGAUUCUGACAAAGCAUAUUAUGAAGAAGGCGAAGACAUUAAAGAAAAGGAAAAAACAUUUGGGCAAGGUUCUCAGGAAGACGAAACAUAUUGUCAAAAAAAUCAAACACACCAGGAAUGUGAUUCAGCAUAUUUUCAAGGCUAUUCAAAAGCUGAAACAUGUAAUCAAGAAGAUAAAGAAGGUAAAGUCUAUCACCAAGAUUAAGAAGAUUCUGCAAAAGCACUUUUUGAAGAAAUUGAAGACAUUAAAGAAGGCGAAGAAACAUGUGGUGAAGGUUCACAGGAAGACGAGACAUAUUAUCAGAAAAAAGGUCAUCAAGAGAACCAAAGAAAUUCGAAAGAUAAAGAAACACAUCAAGAAGGUCAUCCAUAAGUUAAGAGUAAAACUGAGGAAGACUAAAAGGGAAUCAAUCAAGAAGAAAGUCCUGACAACAUUAAAGAAGGUUGUUAAGACCAAGAAAAGGCUUCAUAGGGUUAUUACGAAGCUUGUUCAAGUUAAAAAGAAGUUGAAGAGACCACUUAAGAAGGUUUUGAAACUAGCCAUAAAGAAAAAAACGCAUAUUGUUGAAAAGGUUCAGAAGAUGAGAAAACACUUGAAGAAGAUCCACACGAUUAAGAAAUUGACUCCCAAGGUGAGGAAGGCACUGAAAAAAAUCAUAAGAAAGAUUAAAGAAUCAAAAAAGAAAUUGACUGUUGCAAUUAAGCAUGUGAAGAAGAUCAAACAUACGAUUAAGAAAACAGCUGUUAAGAGAAUCAAAGUAAUCAAAAAGAAAAGGAAGCAUGUAAAGCAUGAAAUCAGGAAACUGAAGACUCUGAUAGAAAAGAUCAAGACGUCAAAGAAAAUCUCUAUCAGGAGGAAGAAAACAAAACUGAAACAUAUUAAGAAGAAAUUAAGGAUUGUAAAGAAAACAAUAAAGAAGAUUGCUCAGACAAUAAGGAAGCUGAAACAUGUUGUCAAGAAGGUCAGGGCAGUGACAACUCACAAGAUCAUUAAGAAAAUAAAGCAGACCAUAAAGAAAACUAAGACCAUCAAAAAGUCAAUAAAGAAAUUGAAGCAUCUGCUCAAGAAAAUCAAAAAGACUAAGAAUAUUUCAAUUAAGAAGAAGCUUAUCUUAUCAAAGAAGAUUGAAAAGAAGAUCAAAAUUGCCAAAAAGACUAAAAAGCGAGUUGAAAAGCACAUCAACAAACUGAAACAUGCUAAGAAAUUAAUCAAGAAGAUUAAACUUGCAACAAAGAAAACGAAACAUGUGGUGGAGGUCAUCAAGAAGCUUGCUCAUAAAUUGAAGAAAAUUCAUAAGAAGAAAAUAUCUCACAAGAAGAAGAAAAUACUGAGAGAGAAGGUUGUUAAGAGUUUGAAAAAGCUCAGUAAGACUAGGAAGACAGUGAAAAAAAUCAUCAAAAGGUUGAAGACAAAGCUGACGAGAAUCACCAAGAAAAGAAAGAUCACACACAAAGUGAUAACGAUAUUGAAACAUGUUGUCACUCAGCAGGUUGUCAAGAAGGUUAAACACACCAGGAAGACAAUCAAACACAUGUCCAAGACUCUUCACACGCUACACCAUCUAAUCAGGAAGAUAAAGAAGGCAAAGACCAUCAGCCAGAUAAAGAGGAUUGAGACAAAGCACAUCUUGAAAAAAGUAACAAAAUUAGAGAAAAAGAAGAAACAUUUUGUCAAGGUUCUGAGAAAGACUAAGCAUGUUGUCACAAAGAAGCACACCAGGAAGACAAUUAAGAAUAUUUCCAAGACCAUUCACAAACUUAAACAUGUACUCGAAAAGGUGAAGAUUGUAAAGACUGUCACCAAGAUUAAGAAGAUUCUGACAAAGCAUGUCGUGAAGAAAAUGAAGAUAUUAGAGAAGAAGAUGAAACAUGUGAUCAAGGUUCACAGGAAGACGAUACAUGCUAUCAGAAAGAAGGUUAUUAAUAGAAUCAAACAAGUUCGAAAGAUAAAGAAACAUAUCAAAAAGUUCAUUCAUAAGCUCAGAAAGAAACUGAAUAAGACAAAGCACACAUCUAUCAGAAAGAAAAUCCUAAAGAAACUGAGGAAGAUCAAAGAGACCAAAAGAACGAUAACCAAGGUAAUCAAGAAACUUGUUUAUGUUUCUAAGAAGGUGAAGAAAACACAUGUGCUGAGAGAGAAAUUAAAACUAGCAAUAAAGAAAAAGAAACAUGUAGCUAAGAUUGCCCAUAAACUGAGAAAAAUUGUGAAGAAGAUUCUUAAGACAAAGAAAUUGACUCACAAGGUAAAGAAGGUCCUGAAAAAACUCACAAAAAGGAUUAAGGUAACAAUGAAAAAAUUGACUGUUGUAACUAAACGGGUGAAGACCAUCAAGCAUACGAUUAAGAAGAAGACCAUCAAGACAAUCAAAGCAAUCAGAAAGGAAAAGAAGCAUAUCAAGAAUGUUACCAAAAAAUUGAAGACCCUGAGAAAGAAGAUAAAAAAGUCAAAGAAAAUCUCAGUCAGGAGGAAGAAAUUACGAUUAAAGCAUAUCGUGAAGAAACUGAAGAUUGAAAAGGAGAAGACUAAGAAGAUUACAAAAACACUGAAAAAGGUCCAGCACAUUCUCAAGAAGGUUAGAAAGUUCACAAUUCACAAGAUUGGUAAGAAAAUAAGAAAUGCCAAGAAGAAAACAAAGAAGAUUAAAAAAGUCAUUAAGAAACUGAAGCACCUCUUAGAGAAGGUCAAAAAGACUAAGAAGAUUUCAAUUAAGAAGAAGAAAAUACUUACCAAGAACAUUAAAAGGAAAAUCGAAACCAUCAAAAAGAAGAAGAAGCGAGUCAUUAAACACAUUAAGACUCUGAAACAUGCUAAGAAAGUAAUUAAGAAUGUUAAACAUGUUCAAAGAAAGAAGAAACAUGUGAAGAAGGUCAUUAAAAAGCUGAAAGAGUUAUUGAAGAAAAUACACAAGACAAAGAAAAUAUCCCACGUGAAGAAAACAAUACUGAGAAAGAAGAUUCUGAAGCAUAUGAAAAAGCUCAAGAAGAUCAAGAAAGGAGUAAUUAAUGUCAUUCAAACGAUGAAGAAGAGACUGAAAAGGAUUACCAAGAAACCAAAGAUUACACACAAGGCUAUUAAGACACUGAAAAACGUUGUUAGGAACAAACAUAUUAUCAAAAAGCUAAAACACACAAGCAAAGUAAUAAAACAUAUUUCUAUGAGUAUUCACCAUGUGACACAUGUAAUUAUGAAGAUACAUCAUGUAAAGACGAUUACGAAUGUAAAGAAGAUUGCAAGAAAGCAUAUUGCAAAGAAGUUGAAGAUAUUAAAGAAGAAGAAAGAACAUUUGGUCAAGGUUCUCAGCAAGACAAAACAUGUUGCAACAAAGAAGGUAGUCAAGGAGAUCAAACACAUGAGGAAGACAAUUACGCAUACUUUCAAGAAACUUCAUGAGAUAAAACACCUACUCGGGAAGAUAAAGAAAGUAAAGAACAUAAUAGCAAUAAAAAGGAUUGGGACAGAGCACAUCUUGAAGAAAUUAAAGAAACUAAACAAGAAGAAGAAAGAUUUGGUCAAAGUUCUGAGAAAGACAAAACAUGUUGUCACAAAGAAGCACACAAAGAAGUUCAUUAAGAAGAUUUCCAAGACUAUUCACACGCUGAAACAUGUACUCAAAAAGAUAAAGAACGUAAAGACUGUCACCAAGAUUAAGAAGAUUCUGACAAAGCAUAUUAUGAAGAAGGCGAAGACAUUAAAGAAAAGGAAAAAACAUUUGGGCAAGGUUCUCAGGAAGACGAAACAUAUUGUCAAAAAAAUCAAACACACCAGGAAUGUGAUUCAGCAUAUUUUCAAGGCUAUUCAAAAGCUGAAACAUGUAAUCAAGAAGAUAAAGAAGGUAAAGUCUAUCACCAAGAUUAAGAAGAUUCUGCAAAAGCACUUUUUGAAGAAAUUGAAGACAUUAAAGAAGGCGAAGAAACAUGUGGUGAAGGUUCACAGGAAGACGAGACAUAUUAUCAGAAAAAAGGUCAUCAAGAGAACCAAAGAAAUUCGAAAGAUAAAGAAACACAUCAAGAAGGUCAUCCAUAAGUUAAGAGUAAAACUGAGGAAGACUAAAAGGGAAUCAAUCAAGAAGAAAGUCCUGACAACAUUAAAGAAGGUUGUUAAGACCAAGAAAAGGCUUCAUAGGGUUAUUACGAAGCUUGUUCAAGUUAAAAAGAAGUUGAAGAGACCACUUAAGAAGGUUUUGAAACUAGCCAUAAAGAAAAAAACGCAUAUUGUUGAAAAGGUUCAGAAGAUGAGAAAACACUUGAAGAAGAUCCACACGAUUAAGAAAUUGACUCCCAAGGUGAGGAAGGCACUGAAAAAAAUCAUAAGAAAGAUUAAAGAAUCAAAAAAGAAAUUGACUGUUGCAAUUAAGCAUGUGAAGAAGAUCAAACAUACGAUUAAGAAAACAGCUGUUAAGAGAAUCAAAGUAAUCAAAAAGAAAAGGAAGCAUGUAAAGCAUGAAAUCAGGAAACUGAAGACUCUGAUAGAAAAGAUCAAGACGUCAAAGAAAAUCUCUAUCAGGAGGAAGAAAACAAAACUGAAACAUAUUAAGAAGAAAUUAAGGAUUGUAAAGAAAACAAUAAAGAAGAUUGCUCAGACAAUAAGGAAGCUGAAACAUGUUGUCAAGAAGGUCAGGGCAGUGACAACUCACAAGAUCAUUAAGAAAAUAAAGCAGACCAUAAAGAAAACUAAGACCAUCAAAAAGUCAAUAAAGAAAUUGAAGCAUCUGCUCAAGAAAAUCAAAAAGACUAAGAAUAUUUCAAUUAAGAAGAAGCUUAUCUUAUCAAAGAAGAUUGAAAAGAAGAUCAAAAUUGCCAAAAAGACUAAAAAGCGAGUUGAAAAGCACAUCAACAAACUGAAACAUGCUAAGAAAUUAAUCAAGAAGAUUAAACUUGCAACAAAGAAAACGAAACAUGUGGUGGAGGUCAUCAAGAAGCUUGCUCAUAAAUUGAAGAAAAUUCAUAAGAAGAAAAUAUCUCACAAGAAGAAGAAAAUACUGAGAGAGAAGGUUGUUAAGAGUUUGAAAAAGCUCAUUAAGACUAGGAAGACAGUGAAAAAAAUCAUCAAAAGGUUGAAGACAAAGCUGACGAGAAUCACCAAGAAAAGAAAGAUCACACACAAAGUGAUAACGAUAUUGAAACAUGUUGUCACUCAGCAGGUUGUCAAGAAGGUUAAACACACCAGGAAGACAAUCAAACACAUGUCCAAGACUCUUCACACGCUACACCAUCUAAUCAGGAAGAUAAAGAAGGCAAAGACCAUCAGCCAGAUAAAGAGGAUUGAGACAAAGCACAUCUUGAAAAAAGUAACAAAAUUAGAGAAAAAGAAGAAACAUUUUGUCAAGGUUCUGAGAAAGACUAAGCAUGUUGUCACAAAGAAGCACACCAGGAAGACAAUUAAGAAUAUUUCCAAGACCAUUCACAAACUUAAACAUGUACUCGAAAAGGUGAAGAUUGUAAAGACUGUCACCAAGAUUAAGAAGAUUCUGACAAAGCAUGUCGUGAAGAAAAUGAAGAUAUUAGAGAAGAAGAUGAAACAUGUGAUCAAGGUUCACAGGAAGACGAUACAUGCUAUCAGAAAGAAGGUUAUUAAUAGAAUCAAACAAGUUCGAAAGAUAAAGAAACAUAUCAAAAAGUUCAUUCAUAAGCUCAGAAAGAAACUGAAUAAGACAAAGCACACAUCUAUCAGAAAGAAAAUCCUAAAGAAACUGAGGAAGAUCAAAGAGACCAAAAGAACGAUAACCAAGGUAAUCAAGAAACUUGUUUAUGUUUCUAAGAAGGUGAAGAAAACACAUGUGCUGAGAGAGAAAUUAAAACUAGCAAUAAAGAAAAAGAAACAUGUAGCUAAGAUUGCCCAUAAACUGAGAAAAAUUGUGAAGAAGAUCCUUAAGACAAAGAAAUUGACUCACAAGGUAAAGAAGGUCCUGAAAAAACUCACAAAAAGGAUUAAGGUAACAAUGAAAAAAUUGACUGUUGUAACUAAACAGGUGAAGACGAUCAAGCAUACAAUAAAGAAGAAGACCAUCAAGACAAUCAAAGCAAUCAGAAAGGAAAAGAAGCAUAUCAAGAAUGUUACCAAAAAAUUGAAGACCCUGAGAAAGAAGAUAAAAAAGUCAAAGAAAAUCUCAGUCAGGAGGAAGAAAUUACGAUUAAAGCACAUCGUGAAGAAACUGAAGAUUGAAAAGGAGAAGACUAAGAAGAUUACAAAAACACUGAAAAAGGUCCAGCACAUUCUCAAGAAGGUUAGAAAGUUCACAAUUCACAAGAUUGGUAAGAAAAUAAGAAAUGCCAAGAAGAAAACAAAGAAGAUUAAAAAAGUCAUUAAGAAACUGAAGCACCUCUUAGAGAAGGUCAAAAAGACUAAGAAGAUUUCAAUUAAGAAGAAGAAAAUACUUACCAAGAACAUUAAAAGGAAAAUCGAAACCAUCAAAAAGAAGAAGAAGCGAGUCAUUAAACACAUUAAGACUCUGAAACAUGCUAAGAAAGUAAUUAAGAAUGUUAAACAUGUUCAAAGAAAGAAGAAACAUGUGAAGAAGGUCAUUAAAAAGCUGAAAGAGUUAUUGAAGAAAAUACACAAGACAAAGAAAAUAUCCCACGUGAAGAAAACAAUACUGAGAAAGAAGAUUCUGAAGCAUAUGAAAAAGCUCAAGAAGAUCAAGAAAGGAGUAAUUAAUGUCAUUCAAACGAUGAAGAAGAGACUGAAAAGGAUUACCAAGAAACCAAAGAUUACACACAAGGCUAUUAAGACACUGAAAAAGGCUGUUAGGAACAAACAUAUUAUCAAAAAGCUAAAACACACAAGCAAAGUAAUAAAACAUAUUUCUAUGAGUAUUCACCAUGUGACACAUGUAAUUAUGAAGAUACAUCAUGUAAGGACGAUUACGAAUGUAAAGAAGAUUGCAAGAAAGCAUAUUGCAAAGAAGCUGAAGAUAUUAAAGAAGAAGAAAGAACAUUUGGUCAAGGUUCUCAGCAAGACAAAACAUGUUGCAACAAAGAAGGUAGUCAAGGAGAUCAAACACAUGAGGAAGACAAUUACACAUACUUUCAAGAAACUUCAUGAGAUAAAACACCUACUCGGGAAGAUAAAGAAGGUAAAGAACAUAAUAGCAAUAAAAAGGAUUGAGACAGAGCACAUCUUGAAGAAAUUAAAGAAACUAAACAAGAAGAAGAAAGAUUUGGUCAAAGUUCUGAGAAAGACAAAACAUGUUGUCACAAAGAAGCACACAAAGAAGUUCAUUAAGAAGAUUUCCAAGACUAUUCACAAGCUGAAACAUGUACUAAAAAAGAUAAAGAACGUAAAGACUGUCACCAAGAUUAAGAAGAUUCUGACAAAGCAUAUUGUGAAGAAGGCGAAGACAUUAAAGAAAAGGAAAAAACAUUUGGUCAAGGUUCUCAGGAAGACGAAAAAUAUUGUCAAAAAAAUCAAACACACCAGGAAUGUGAUUAAACAUAUUUUCAAGGCUAUUCACGAACUGAAACAUGUAAUCAAGAAGAUAAAGAAGGUAAAGUCUAUCACUAAGAUUAAGAAGAUUCUGAAAAAGCACUUUUUGAAAAAAUUAAAGACAUUAAAGAAGAAGAAGAAACAUGUGGUGAAGGUCCACAGGAAGACGAAACAUGUUAUCAGAAGGACCGUUAUCAAGAGAAUCGGACAUAUUCGAAAGAUAAAGAAACACAUCAACAAUGUUAUUCAGAAGCUGAGAAAGAAAAUGAGAAAGACAAAAGUAACUGCCAUCAAGAAGAAAAUCGUAAAGAAAUUAAAGAAGAUUAAAAAGACGAAGAAAAGGGUAAUUAGGGGAAUAAAGAAGCUUGUUGUUAUUGCAAAGAAAUUGAAGAAAACACCGGUAUUAAGGAAGAUGGUCAUUAAGACUUUCAAGACAGCGAAGAAGCAGCUAAGGACAACCAAAAAAGUAAUUCAUCAAUUGAAAAAGAUUUUGAAAAACGUCAUAAAAUCAAAGGCGAUAUCUAGAAAGCAAAAGCAUAUUAUCAAGAAGAGAAUUUCGAAGAAAAUCAAGAUGGUGAAUGGGAAGAAGAAACAUGUGAAGAAAAUUGUGAAGAAACUGAAGCAUGUUCUUAAGAGGAUAAAGAAACAACCUUUGAAGAAGAAGAAGAUUGUAAAGAAAAUGAAACAUGCCAAGGUCAUCAAGAAGAAACAGAUCAAGAUUAUUAAGAAUCUUAGGAAACAGAAGAAACAGAUUAAGAAAAAGAAACUACCCGUUAGUGUCAAGAAGCAGUUACUGAAGAAAGUUACGAAGAAGAUAAAGAAGGCCAAGAAGGUAGUGAAGACGGUGAAGAAGAAGAUAACACAGUUAAGAAGGAAGAAGGUGAUAAUCGAGAAGAAGCAGGAGUCGGCUAAAGAAUUGGUAGAACCUGGAGUGAAGAAGAUUGUUAAGGCAGUGAAGAAAAUCAAAAAGGCUGUUAAAAAGCUCAAAAAGUUGAAGAAGAAGGAAACUCCGAAGGAGUUGAAAGAACCAGAAGUAAAAGUACCAAGUGUUGAGACGCGUAAGGAACUUCACAGGCCUGUUGAGAAGAAGAAACCAAGAAAGAAGGUACCAAUCAUCCCUGAGGAAAAUGAUGUGCUCUUCCUGACCAGGGAUACUCACAAAACCUAUGUCUUCCCUGAAGAAACAAUAGAAAAUGAGGUGGUAGUCUUUGAGACUGUGUUCACUUGCCAGAAGGGUUACAAGUUGAGGUACAAGAAGGGAACGCUGGCUGAGUGUUAUAAGAAAAUCAAGAAGUGUACGAAGGGUUACCGCCUAAGAAAGAAAUUAGGAUAUAGAUUUAGGCCAUACAAGAUUUGCGUCAAGCAUGAACCAAAAUGUAAGAAGCCUUAUAAACUUAUAAGGCGACCUGUCAGGCGAUCAGGUUCUCCAACUUGCCUUCGGAACUACAAAAAAUGCUUCAAGGGCUACAGAAUGAAACGAAGGAGAGGACGAAAACCAAUAUGUAUCAAGCAUAAGAAGGUAUGUCUCCGAGGAUUUUCCAUGAAAGGUAGAGGCAGGCCGACAGCUCAUUGUGUGAAGAAGGUUCCGCGCUGCAAAAAGGGAUUCAAGAUGGUCCGAACAUCGGGUAGAGGGGUGGCUUGCACAAAGAAGGUUCCGAAAUGCUUGGGUGGCUAUCGUUUGAGAAGGCUUCUCGGAGGGAAAAUGAUUUGUGUAAAGAAGGUGCCUACAUGUAGGAUGGGCUACCACAAGGUCUACCGAGUUGGACGUAAACCAGUCUGCACGAGGAGGCUAACAUUACACAAAUGCGACAAGGGUUACCACCUUAAAAGGGUACAUGGACGAGCGAUAUGUGUCACACAUAAGAUAGCCCCAAUAUGCCACAAAGGAUACAAAUAUUUUGCACGACCUGGCAGACGCCACAUUUGUGAAAAGGCUGUCCAUGGCAAGAAAUGCCUCAAGCCAGCUUACAAGUCAAUAAGACAUGGAAGGACAGUUUGCCUCCGCAAAGAGACGGUUCACCACUGCCCCAAGACGUUCACCAUCAAAUAUCCAAGAAAGCCAAAAUGCACGAGAACGAUUGUUGCCGCCAAGUGCAAGAAGGGAGCCAGGCCGACCAAAAAUGCACGCGGUUCACCAGUUUGCAGGACAGAGCACACCACGCCACUGAAAAAGUGCGCCAAGAAGGCCGACAUCGUCUUCGUUGUGGACAGCUCAGGCAGCAUUGGCAAGAAGCACUUCCAAAAAGUCCGAAACUUCCUGGUCGAUGUGGUCAACGGCCUUGGACGUAUCGGGGCAAAUCACAUCCAAGUGGGCCUUGUCAAGUUCGCAACAUCUGUGCACGAGAUCAUCAAGUUGAAUAGCUACAACAACAAGAAGGAUUUGAUUAAGAAGCUCAGACGUCUCUUCUAUAGCAAGGGUCUGACCCACACCGCCAUCGCGCUCGACGUCACCAGAACCGUCGCCCUCUCCAAGAGCCAUGGUCGCCGGCCGGGCAUAAGACCAACUGUCAUUGUCCUCACGGACGGAGUGGCUAGUGACAAAGCCGAACUUCCAAGGGCGGCUCGUCGCCUUAGACGCGUCGCAAAGGUCAUCACUGUGGGAAUUGGCAGUGACAUCAAUCCGAAGGAGUUGGCUCUGAUCGCUGGAAGCAAGCGCAAUGUGAUUUUGACGCCUUCGUUCGAGGCAAUGCACUCGAAGGUCCAGGAUGUCAUUUCUAAGAGCUGUGUGCGAGCGUGUCCACGUGGAUUCAGGUUGGCAAGAACAAGUGAGAAAAACCAGACAUGUCGAAGGGAUACCAAACAUUUCCGCUGCCCUCGUGGUUCCCGACGCCUACACCGAAGGAGUUCAAGAGCAUUCCCCGAAUGCCUUAGGAGUCCAGGAGCCUCGAGAGUUCCAGGCCAAAAAACAGAAACCCGACCAGUGGUUACAAGGAGAACGACGAAAGAGGUCCCAAUGGUUCCGACAAGGAAGGUAGUCUCCCACCUCCCAAUUCUAAAGAAGGUACCCGCAGAAAAGGGGCCUAUCGUCAUCAGGAAGUUCAUUACGCGACAAAGCCAUCUAGUCGAGACGACAAAGCGUCCACAACUGCUAACAAAGGGUGUCUCACCGUAUCCAUAUAGGAUAAUCAAGAAGCCACAUACACUUGUCAGCAAGGAAAAGCCACUUGAUGUUGUCAAGGAGUACAAGCCUCAUUUCGUCAGCCGCUUUAAAAAGCCUAUCGUGACUGAGAUAACUAGUGGUGUAACCGUUAUUAAGAGACCCGUGGUAGACAGGACAGACAUCCAUAGACGUCAAGGACCAGCUGAGAUUAAUGUGGCGUCGCAUGACACGGUGUCUCAUUGGAGAGUGGUGUUCAGUUGCUCGACGGGCUACAUAAUGAUCAUAGAUAAAGGACAGAAAGCGUGUGUUAGGUGUAGGAAGGGAACCAAGCUAGUUGUAAAGAAAGGAAGGACACCAUUCUGCCUAAAGGUUUUCCAUCAUUGUCCCAAAACAUAUCACUUUGGCAGGAAAUACGGAAAGAAAAGAUGCACGAAGAAGCUCGAUAGGUGCAAGAAGGGAUUCAAAUUGCACCAUUCCGUCUGUGAGAAGAAGGUUCCGCACUGCUUCAAGCCAUUUAAGCUGGUUAGGCCGCACUCGAAAAAACCUGUAUGUAAGGAAACCACCUUCGUUUGCAAGAAGGUGGGCUUCAAACUCAUCCAUAAGGACGGAAAACACAUCUGCACGAAGCACGUCAAGACAUGUCGCAAAGGAUUCCACUUCAGCGACAAAACAUGCCAUAAGAAGGUCCCCAGAUGUGGAAAGAAGUUCCACUUGCACCACAGGAAAGGCAAACACGUCUGUAGCAGGAAGGUACCCAAGUGCGCUAAAGGAUUCAAACUUCGACACAAAGGUGGAAAGGUUCAAUGUUACAAGACGGUACCUUACUGCACCAGAAGUUACAAGAUGAUCACCCAGAAGGGAAAGAAAGUAUGUCACAAGAAACACACUGUCCACCACUGUGCUAAAGGUUUCCAUAUGAAGAAGGUGAAAGGGAAAGACGCCUGUGUUGGCUCUAAGCAAGUCCCAGUAUGCCCGAAGGGAUACACGCCAAAGAAGCCAUCCCAUAAGACCAAGAAGUGCCACAAGACAGUUAAAUCCAAGAAAUGUCCCAAGGACAGCAAGACGGCAACCAAGAGUGGCAAGAAGGUGUGCCACAAGACAAAAACGGUUCAUUCGUGCCACAAGGGAUAUGUCCUCCACAAGGGACCGACAUGUUCAAGGACGAUUGUGCCCUCUCAAUGCCCCAAAGAAUUCAAACCUACCAAGAGCGAUCUGGGAGUUCAGCUUUGUCGCCAAGAAAAACAGAUGCCAUUGAAACCGUGUGCCAAGAAGGCAGACAUAAUCUUCGUCGUGGACAGUUCGGGAAGCAUCGGUGCUAAGAACUUCAUGAAGCUAAGGCUGUUCCUUGUCGACUUCGUUAAGGCAAUCGGAAACGUCGGGCCUAAUGGCAACCAAUUUGGCCUGGUGAGAUUCGCCACGACUGUUCAUGAGAAGAUUAGGCUGAACAGAUUCAGUUCUGAGGCACCUCUUAUUGCUAAAUUAAAGAAACUCUUCUACACCAUGGGAAUCACUAACACCGCUAAGGCCCUCGACGUGGUUCGCACGAAAUCCCUUCUCCCAAGUCACGGGCGCAGGAAGGGAGUCGACGCCAUUGUCAUCGUGAUCACCGAUGGCGGUGCGACAGAUGCAAAGAAACUCCCUGCAGCCGUGAAGAAGCUGCGUAAGGUGGCGUCAAGGAUCAUUGCAGUGGGUAUCGGUUCACAAGUGAACGAAAAGCAGUUGGCACUGAUCGGUGGCGGGAAGCAGAACGUGAUUAGCACUAAAUCAUACGCAGGCUUGAAAAAGAAGGUCAAGGAAGUAGUCUCGGGAAGUUGUGUGCGUAAAUGUGGUGACGGAAUGAAGUUCAUCUCAGCGUCAAAGACUCACCAGCUUUGCAGAAAGGAUGUCUACAAUCACGUGUGUCCAGCCGGAAGUAAAAUGAUGAAGCAACCAAAGAAUGCCAAGACCUUCCCCAACUGCUUGAAGGGUCCCAAAGUGACUAAGAAGUUCCCAGGCGAAAAGGUAGAAAAGAACCCAGUUGUGACCCAUAAGAAGACUGUGGAAGUACCAAUGGUAGCAACUACAAAAACCCUCACCAAACCAGUCGGUAGCAAGAAGGUAUCUGUUGUAACCAAGAUCCUGGUAGCCCAUCAUCCAGAGAUAAAACCAGUCGGAAAGAAGGAGGUAUUUGGUAUACCAGAAACGAGGACGAUCUCGAAAACUGCUCCCAUGGUGGAUAUCAAGAGUGCGUCCAUCGCGACGGUCCUGAGGCACCCUGCGACUCUAACAACGGCUUCGAAGCCUCCAGCCGAAAAAGUCAUCAAACGGAAACCCAAACAGAUAGAUGUGUUUGUCAGGCCUAUCAUUACCACACGAAGGUUGAAACCAGAUGUCGAAAAGGUGCAAGGAUUAAAAAUGGUGGCACCAAGACUCUUCGCUUCCAUUUAUCCUUUCCUACAUGUGUUCCCAUACGGAAGAGUCCCACAGCCACUCCAUGUUGUGUUUGUCAUUGAUAACUCCCAGAAUAUGCAACCCAUGGAGUUCAACUACGUAAGGCGAUUCCUUCAUAAUCUCCUCCACAAGAGACGCCAGGAGUGGAGGCAUGCGAGAUUCGGCGUGGUCACAACUGCGACACCAGAGACCCUGUUCGGUCUCUUACCAGUGGGGAGAGCCCGACGAUUGCUGCCGAAGCUGGAGCGAGUGGAAGGAGUCUCCAAACUGCCAGAAGCCCUACUACUAGCAUUGCAAGCCCAUGAAUCCUACCCUGAACGCCAUGCAAAGAAGGUUGCAUUUGUCAUCAGCGCUAACACCCCAUCGUUCAGGAACUUACCUAACCGACCUUGGAAGGAACUCAUGGACAACGGCGUCUUUACCCUUAGCAUCUCCACCGGCCAGGGACCACACCCGCACUUCUACAAUCUUCUCCGACACCACAAGAGGAGCUAUGCCAUAAACUUGCCGUCACUCGCCGCAUUACCGUCCUACCCUUUCAACCUGCGCCCAGUUGGCGAACAUCAUCUUCCAUCAACUUUCCUUCAUGAAGGCUCAUAUCCCAUCGUCCUACGUCAAAGAAACCCCUACUAUUUCGGGUUGGCUCCCUAUAGCAGACGCCCUAAAACAACUACUCAAAAGGUUCUUAAGGGAAUAAAACAUAUCGUCGGAAAGGUAGCUCAUCACGUCCCAAGAUAUGCAAGAGAGGUUAUUAGAGCAUUGGAAAGGGUUAUUAGUAGAGUCGCUAGAAGGCAUCCUAACGCCCCUGCCCAUAAAGUUCUCAAGAAUUUAAAGCGUUUCAUUGGUGAAGUAUCCAGUCACCAGCCACAUAAAACCCGUGUCGUCCUCAAGACACUUAAGAAAGUCAUUGGUCAUGUCGCCGGCAAGAUAAAACAUAGGAAGGUACCACACGUGAAAGGCUUUUUGAAUCUUAAUCGGAAGGUACAGCGUAGACAUCCUAAACCAACUACUCACCGUGUACUAACAGACUUAAAAAGAGUACUUGGCAAAGUAGCCCGCAGACUUCCCCAUGGUGUUACCAAAAACACAUUGAAACAUGUAAAACACAUAAUUGGUGAAGUUGCUCGCAAGCAUCCCCGGGCUCCACUUCAUAAAACACUCAAAUCUCUGAAACGUAUUGUCAGUAAAGUCGCUGUUGGUGUACCUCUAAAACGUACUCGUGACGUACUGAGAUCUGUAAAACACCUGAUUGGGAAGGUGGCCCGUAAGGUACCUCGCAAACAUCCGAGUGUGAAGGGCGCUUUGAACCUUGUUCGCAAGGUACACUUCAGACAUCCUAAACCAACUACUCACCGUGUACUAAAAGAUCUAAAAAGGGUACUUGGCAAAGUAGCCCGCAAACUUCCCCAUGGUGUUACCAAAAACACAUUGAAACAUGUAAAACACAUAAUUGGUGAAGUUGCUCGCAAGCAUCCCCGGGCUCCACUUCAUAAAACACUCAAAUCUCUGAAACGUAUUGUCAGUAAAGUCGCUGUUGGUGUACCUCUAAAACGUACUCGUGACGUACUGAGAUCUGUAAAACACCUGAUUGGGAAGGUGGCCCGUAAGGUACCUCGCAAACAUCCGAGUGUGAAGGGCGCUUUGAACCUUGUUCGCAAGGUACACUUCAGACAUCCUAAAGCAACUACUCACCGUGUACUAAAAAAUCUAAAAAGGGUACUUGGCAAAGUAGCCCGCAAACUUCCGCAUGGUGUUACCAAAAACACAUUGAAACAUGUAAAACACAUAAUUGGUGAGGUUGCUUGCGAGCAUCCCCGGGCUCCUCUUCAUAGAACACUCAAAACACUUAAACGCAUUGUCAGUAAAGUCGCUGUUGGUGUACCUCUAAAACGUACUCGUGACGCACUGAGAUCUUUCAAACAUCUGAUAGGGGAGGAGGCCCGUAAGGUACCUCGCAAACAUCCGAGAGUGAACGGCGUUUCGAAACUUGUGGAACAACGUGGAUUUUUGAGCCCAUAUUUCGAAGGAAGACAGGGACCGAAAGUUUCGACUCAACGUGGAUAUUUGAGCCCAUAUUUCUCACGAAGACAGGGAAAGAAAGUUUCUACCCAACGUGGAUAUUUGAGCCCAUAUUUCUCACGAAGACAGGGAAAGAAAGUUUCUACCCAACGUGGAUAUUUGAGCCCAUAUUUCUCACGAAGACAGGGACCGAAAGUUUCAACUCAACGUGGAUAUUUGAGCCCAUAUUUCUCACGAAGUCAGGGACCGAAAGUUUCGACUCAACGUGGAUAUUUGAGCCCAUAUUUCUCACGAAGUCAGGGACCGAAAGUUUCGACUCAACGUGGAUAUUUGAGCCCAUAUUUCUUACGAAGACAGGGAAAUGAAGUUUCUACCCAACGUGGAUAUUUGAGCCCAUAUUUCUCACGAAGACAGGGACCAAAAGUUUCGACUCAACGUGGAUAUUUGAGCCCAUAUUUCUUACGAAGACUGGGAAAGGAAGUUUCUACCCAACGUGGAUAUUUGAGCCCAUAUUUCUCACGAAGACAGGGACCGAAAGUUUCGACUCAACGUGGAUAUUUGAGCCCAUAUUUCUUACGAAGACAGGGAAAGGAAGUUUCUACCCAACGUGGAUAUUUGAGCCCAUAUUUCUCACGAAGAUCGGGACAGGGAGUUUAUACUAAUAAGCCCAUGGGAAAUGUUGAGAGAGGACGUGCUACGAAUCUGUUCCUGGAGAGGAUGCGUGGCAAUAUCAAUAUUUUCGAAGGAAGUCGAGGUCGAUCACGUGGAUUUGGAGGAGGACGUUUUUUGGGAAGCAGGGGUUUCACCGAAGCCGGAGGUCGUACCAAAAGUUCCUUUCGACGAUAUGAAACAUCCGACGAUCGCGGCUUCAGAGGAGGAUAUAGGAUAUAAUAUGAUAGCAAUGAUGGCGGCUUCAAAAAUGGUGGUUAUGAGACCUAAGUCCCAGCCAUUCGAUAUAAGUGAGGCUUGGAAUGUGAUGUAGUACGCAUGGAUUACACAUAAGGAAAGGUUAAGGGAUUUUGUCAUUAUUUACUGUAUCUUCCCUUCAAGUAGAUUAAACCCAAUUGUAGAACUUAA